AUUUUCCGUUGUGUUAUGUCUCUAACGUACUAUUUUUUGUUUUUAAAAGAAAUUUUGUUGGAAGUUAUUUCAAUUUUAAUUCAUAAAUUACGCUUUUUAUGUGUGUUUCACCUUAACUAAAAUAAUGUUGUACAAUAAUAUGUAUUAUUUUCAAGCAAAUCCGCAACCUCUUGUCCAACAACAGCAUAAUUUACCUCAUCCGGAAGAACAGUAUUUAGAACAGUCUAACAAUGUUCAAACUCCAUCAAUUCCUUUACUUCCACCAACUUCAAUGCCUCCGCCAACCCAAUUACCUCCACCAAUUCCAUUAGCUCCUCCAAAUCCACCCCCAAUCCAACAAAUGUAUUCAUUAAUACAAACAAACGGUCGCAAAGUCUAUGGUCCACCCGACGACUGGGUUGGCCCGGCUCCAAGUAGUGCCUGCGAAUUGUACAUUCGCCGCAUCCCAAAGACCACAAGCGAACACAAGAUCUUGGAACCAUUCCUCCGAUUUGGUAAAAUCUAUCAAUUCCGAGUUCCCAUUGACUUUGUCCAGGGAAUCCGAGGUUACGCCUACGUCAGAUACACAACCGAAGAAGAUGCAUGCUGCGCCAUGGAAGUGCUUAACCACCACUUCAUCGAACAAGGCAAAACCUUUGACAUUGUGAAUUCGUGCGAGAAAUGUCGACUCUUUGUCAGCAACAUUCCCAAACACUUGACCGAGGAAGAGAUCGAAUCGGAAUUGAAGACGAUCUUUCCUGCAAUGCAACGAAUUCAUUCCAAAGGCGAAGUUAGAGGCAAAGACCAAAAUCAGGGAUAUGUCUUUGUUAACUUUGCCACUCACAACGAUGCUUUGGAAGCUAAAAAGCGCACUUGUCCGGGAAUUAUUCGACUCUGGGGCAAUGACUUGAAGGUUGUUUGGGCCAAUUCCGAAAGUGUGGAUAACACAUUAUCCAAUAAAACACUUUUCGUUCGAAAUGUCGAUCUGAAGCUAAACAACCGCGAUCUGAUCGAUGUGAUCGUCAAGCAUGUUCCCAGGACGACCAUCAGAAAGAUCUCCAAAGUCCGAACGAAUGCUUUUGUUGACUUUACUUGCCGGCAAGCAGCCGAAACCGUAAUGCAGAAAUUGCAAGGGAUCAAAGUUGGCGACCAGAAGUUCGUCAUUGAGUGGGCAAAGCCAUCGGCACAACAAUCUCUUCAUCGCAUGCGAAAUUCAGAUUUUGAUGCCCUUCUACGACUUAAAUGCAUUGCAAACAAUUGGUAUAUCCCAGUGAUCAUCUUCGGAACCUACUUUGAAAAGGUUAACAUUCAAUAUGCUGCAGUUUUGUUACGCCGCGAUGAUUGUCCACUUCGUUUCAUUAUCGUCACUUUACUAACAAAAGAGCUCGUUGACAUUCACGCUCGUCUCUGCGAGGUUGUUGUAACAUUGAUCGAUAAAAUUGGCGGAUUUCCCGAUUGCAAUUAUGUUUUCUGGGUUCAGAGAGAUACCGCUCAUUUGCUUGGUGCAGUCAAUCCUAAUCCUCAUAUGGCAUUUAUUGCAUCACAUCGUGUUCCAAAAGAAUUCAAACUCGAUUUAAUCGAAGUCAUCGAUCUAAGCUGGGCAUGUGCCAUGUUGUCAAAGGGAACUGAAAAACGACUCCUUCAGUUGUACCAGCAAAGUUUCCUAGUCCAUGAUCAAUUCACAUUCUUGACUGAUUUUAUUUUUACUCAACGAAUCUUUGGAACAAUCAUGCCAAAGUACAGGAGCAAACCACCUCUAAAAUAUAAUUUAAAUGAUUCACAAAUUGUGUUGGCCCUGUGCUACCAAGUAACUGGUAGUAACUGCUCUUUCGCCGGCCGAGAAUACAACCCUUGGGAACUGACUGCUCUAGAUUGUGGUCACAAUGGAUUGCCAUUCAUGACUAUGACACUCUUGCCACUCUCGCUGACUCAAUCGAGAUUUGCAACGCCAUAUGUUUUGCAUCAAGUAAUCUUUGGAGGCACAAGCUACUAUUCUCCAGCACAGAGUAUUAUGGCUCCUCCUUUGUGGAUAUCGGGUGUUUCUUAUUCCGAGUCCCUGAAGCAAAUUCCUUCCGUACCCAUGGUUUUGGGUAAUUAAAACAAAACAGAGGAAAAGAAAAGAAUUUAUUUACAAUAUUUUUAUUUAUGUUUUAAAUAAUUUUUAUUAUUUUUUUUAUGUUUAUGUUGUUUCUUUUUUUUAUUUAUUUUGUUAUUUUCUGGAAACAGAAGCAUGAAGUCGUUAUUUUAUUUGCUGUUAUUAGUUUUAUACUAUUUUUUUUUUACUGUAUACUUUUAAGAUGUUAUUUUUGUGUCAAAAGGCUUGAAGUAUAAAUUUGAAAUUACAAACCUUGCAUAAGGCAUAAUGCAUUGUCAUGCCAUACGGCAUUUUUAAAACUAAUUUUAUUUAUCAUCCUUUAACUUAAGCUAUAUAUUUUAUUUUAAGUUCAACUGUUUGUUUAUUUUUUAAGUUUUAAUCAAAGGACAUUUUAUUUCAUCAAAAACCAUAACAUACAUUUUUUUAAAGAUCAUAAUUAAACUGCACGAAGCACGGAAUUUUUAAAUCAUACGUUAUUUAACAUUAAAAACACUCAAUAUUCAUUGACUUAAUUCACUUUAAGCAUAUUCAUUUAAUUAAGCUAUAAAAUCUAAUCUUUCAUUUUUGUUUAUUUUUAAGAUUUAAACUUAUUUUAUGCCCAUUUUAUAAUC